CAGCAUGUUGUGGAUUGCAAACUUGGGAAAACACAGAAAUGUAGUAAUAUUGUCCAAGGUUAGGUCCCCUUUACUACUUUGGCAGAUUUCUCUUUUGUCUGAAUCAGCAUUCAGGGCAGGAAAUUGAAACCCAGAUUGCCAUGUACAGUUGGGCAGGUUCUGUACUGCACAGGGAUGCCACCUUUAAUGGCACACCAUUCACUUUGUAGAUGUAUAUGUUUAUGCUGGUAAUUUUCUAAUGCGAUAGUGUUAAGGAAGAGGUUUUUCUUCACAGAAGUGCCUUCUGUCGUAGGAAGAGUCCCACAGAAACCACUCCAGGGAUGUCGAGAAGAAAGGGAAGGGAAUUGGGUGCUCAUGAAAUCAUUGGAAGGAUAGUAGGCAUGGCAGUCUGGGUUUGAGACACUUGAGUUGAAGUCUGCAGCCCCUGAUUGAGCUGCAGUCUAGAGUUCAGGAAGAUGCCACUACUCGAACAGCAGAGCCCAAACUGACCUGCUCACACCUGGGAAACUACUGACCAGACGCUGGGACAAGGAGUGUGGCCACUCUGCAAACAUGGCUGAUCUCCCUUGCUGGCCAGCCCCCAGCCAGGAGCUCGGGUGAGUGGCUGAACCAAGCUCCCCUCUGUGCCCUAGCUUUGGGAGAGUCUAGGAAAUGUCGCUUCUGGCUAGACAGUCACGUACUCAGCUGAAGCUAUGGAUAAGAAGGGGAGAUCGAAUGGGGGACCUCCCUUAGUGGUCUGUCCUACACUCGACCUGGAAAAUUUUAAAUUGACUCAAAAACAAAAUGUUGCUUAAGACCCUUUCUCAUACCAAAUAGAUGGGAAAAGGAGAUCGUUUGCCAGAAGUAGAAAAUUAACCAUAAAAAUAAAUACAGUAAGACAUAGUGUUAUUCUCUCGGGAUAUUUUUUCCUGCCAAGGCUCUAAGCCCAGGCCUGCUCCUGCUCUGCUUUCUCCAUUAAAGAGGAACAUCAGUGUUUGAAGUGAUGGAGACUUCUGGCACCAAAUGCACACCUUCUCCCUGUAGGAUCUGAAAGACUGAGAGGAGAGGGAUUGCUGUCCUCACAAAAAGGCACAGUGUUACUGCAGACGACAAGUGGAAACAUCUCACCCCCACAGAGACAACCACGGGUGCUGUGGUCAGCAGAUCCUGGUUUCUGCUUUCUUCCUCGGGGACUCCUUAGCUGUUCCCCACGGGCAAUUGAUGCCCCCAUCCUGAGCUUCAUUUUCUAGCUCGGUAAAGAGAAAUCUCUCCGUGUUCACACUGUGGUAUUUGUACUCGUCACUCCCUGCAACACGCACCCCCACUGCCAGGCACUUAGCAAGCACUCAAUAAAUUCAGCGAUACUUGCCGAGUACCUGUUAUGUGCUAAAUACUGUUCUUGGUGUAGGAUAGGCAGUGGUGAAUAAAAUAGACAAGCUAAUGUCAAAAACUGUUCUGAUACAAACAACUGACUUAAUGGAGCAAUGUGGUAGGGCCCGGGAACAGUGGCUGGGGGGAUCAAGGAAAGUCCCUCUGAGGAGGUGACAUUUGAGUAGAGCUGUUGUACACUCUUGUACUUGAUGCUGGCUGGGUGUUGGGUAUGUCGAGAUGGCUUAGGCCCAGUCUUUGCCCCUGAUAAAGUCUUCCCCACCCCAAGCCUGUGUGUGUCCAUCCUCUUCCCUCCCUAAAAAAAGUUGGCACUUGCCGUCCCAGAGGGGAGAGAAUGCCUGGAGAAAGAAGUGGAUGCUCAGAAUGAUCUCAACACAGGGCUCUCUAUCUGAAUUCUGGUUUUAGAGGUGAGACUUGAGUUCAGAUCCUCCUGCACUUUCUCAUUCUGACCUUGGACCCCUGAACUCCAAGCUCAGUGGUGGUGGGUCUGGUCCUGGAGCCAGAUCUAGCCCCUCACUUCCUGGCUCUAACCUUCGACAAGUUCCUUAAGGCUCUAUGCUUCCAUGUCCAUGUAAAUUGGGGUUAUGAUAGCCCCUCUUGGGGUGAUGCAGAGUAUCCAUUUGAGUUAAUAAGAUUAAAAGUAUACAUGGUGAAUGCUCUAUAAAUAACUAUUAGCUCUUAUUAUCCCUGUUUUACAGGUGAGGCUCUGAGAGGAGAAAUGGCUUAGCCCAGGUCACCGGGUCAGGAAGUGGCUUGUGAGGAUAAAUAGUGAUCUUGGUAGGGCAUCGCUGUAGCCUCGGGCCCACCAUGUAAUCUCUCAGUACUUGAAAGCUGGGGCUGUUCCUGGCAAUCAAAGGGCUGCCUUGUUCUCCUGCCCCUCAGCACAGGAAAUUCCAAGGUGGUUUUCCAUACUGGCUCCUCUGGUUCUGUCCCUGGAGGGGAGAGCAGAGGGGCCCAGGUACCCAGGCUGACUCAGGAGAAGGUGGAAUUGGAUAUCUCAACCUGCCUAUCUGGGCCUGCCUGAUGGUUGAGGGGGUGGCCGGCACUUGGAGUGGCCUGGGCUCCUUUGGGCCUACUGGGCAUUUCCUUGGGCAGGCAGCCCUCACCCUGUCCUUGAAAUGGUUCUGGCUGGGUAGCAGCCUCCAGGUGGUGUGGGCGAAAUUUGGGACUGGUGUAGGGCGGGGACAAGACAGAGAACACAGGUUUCCUUGUACUGCUGGAGAGAAGGAGGGCAGGAGGAAAUUGGAGACCCCAUUCCCCCUUGGUCAGUCUUGCUCAGAAUCCACAAUGGCUUGGUCCCUGGUGUUCCUCGGUGUCAUCAUCUUGCUGUCUGAGUUCCCAGGGCCUAGUGUUGGAGGCCCCAUGCCCAGGCUGGCUGAUCGGAAGCUGUGUGCCGAUGAGGAAUGCAGCCACCCUAUCUCCAUGGCCGUGGCCCUUCAGGACUACGUGGCCCCUGACUGCCGUUUCCUGACUAUACACAGGGGCCAAGUCGUGUAUGUCUACUCCAAGCUGAAGGGCCGAGGGCGGCUCUUCUGGGGAGGCAGUGUGAGUCUUGGGAGAACAGAAGAGAAAAGGGUUCAGGGAGAUUACUAUGGAGACCUGGCUGCUCGCCUGGGCUAUUUCCCCAGUAGCAUUGUACGCGAGGAGUCGAUACUGAAACCUGGAAAAAUCGAUGUGAAGACAGAUAAAUGGGAUUUCUACUGCCAGUGAGCUCAGCCUACCGCCAUCCCUGCUGUUUUGUCCUGCCCGGCUUUAUGCAAAUACAUCAGGCAAAUGCAAACUGCUGGUCUCUGUGGUCUUUGUGGUGGGGAAAUAUAAAGGAAAUGUUUCCCCAGGUUCCUAAAUCUAGCCAAUCAACCGACUCACUGUGAUCGCGUCAGUGGUUGCUAGGCAGAGUUCCACUGACUAAAAGCUCUUUGCUGCUCUGGGUACUGGAGGUGGGCUCCUUAGCUUAAGUAUCACACACAAGCAAAUGAGAAAACAGCCCAAUUGGGGGAUGGUAGUGCCCUCUCUAGACCAAUGGGAGGGAGUUGAACUAUUGGGAAUGAGCCAAUCGGACCAUGAGGAAGACAUAAGUCGCAGAGCAGAGGUUUUCUUGGCAGAUUAUCUGCAAAGGGAGGUGGGAGGUUAAUUUGCGUGUAUACCCCCAAUUUUCAUCCUUCUUGCCUUUGAGGUCAGAAAUCGCGUUCGCCAGCUCAAGAUCCGCUCGUCUUCCAGGCUCUUUCUAUCAAUCCUGCCCGUACCCCCUUCUUUGCCUCCGUAUCCCCGCCCGAUGUUCGCUCCUACCCAAUCUGGAGUCUGACUCUGCCCCCCGACUCCCGAGCAAAU